GACGACGCCGUGGCCGCCAAGCACCCGGGGCUGGGGGAGUAUGCCGCGUGCCAGUCGACCGCCUUCAUGAAGGGCAUUUUCACCUUUGUCACAGGCACCGCUGCGACCUUGGGCCUACAGAUGUUCAUUCAGAGGAAGCUGAAGUACCCCUUUCAGUGGCAUGUGCUGGUUGCAGUGGUCACAGGCUCGGUGGCCAGCUACUGGGUGACGCGAGUGGAGUCGCAGAAAUGCAGCCACCUCUGGCUCUUCCUGGAAACAGGGCAGCUUCCCACGGACGUGGACACGGGUCAGCGCAGCUAGGAGCGUGCCAGCCGGGGCGCACAAGGCCUGGGGCUGGAGAGUUCUAGAACACGGCUCACCCUCCCUGCACCCGAACGUACCCCAGCCGUGUCCUCUGCACACAUGUGCGCCCAGGUCUUCCAAGGCGUGCAGUCUGCUUCCGCCCCGAGACCGGGCCCUGUCCUAGAGGCCAGGCCAGAGAGGGCCAUUCCCGGGUUGGCCUCCUGUAGGGCAGCGAGGAACACGGUGGACGCAGAGAGGACUGGUGCCCGUCCCGCGCGCAGCUCCAGCGUCCACCCGGCGGUGCUCCCUGGUCCCCGCAUCCCCCCGGUCAGAGGUGACAUGCUCCCGGGGUUGUGGGACUAAUAAACGGCUCGCUGUUUUCGCCA